AUGCCACCAAAAAAAGCAAAUCCAGAGCAGUAUAAAAAACUAGUGGACUUAGUUUGGGAAUCUGAUAUGAUCCGAUGGGGUGCCCCUGAGAUGAAAAAGGAAGCAUGGCAGCAAAUAUCGAAAACUCUGAAUUGUAUUGGAGGUGCAGAAAAGACUGCAGAACGUUGGAAAAAGAAAGAUGAUGAAGAAUCUUUCAAAGAACUGUGCCUCCAGUUAAAUCAAGAAAAAAAUGGCCCAGUUUUCUCUGAGUGGGAAGCUAAAGUUAAAGCAAAAACAAGACGAAUCCAUUUUGAACAAGAAUUAACUGGAGGCGGAAUUCCUAUAUUCGAAAUUCUUACUAAUUUGGAGAAAAAACUUCUAGAGAAUCCGGAGACAACAGUAGACAAGGAAGGCCCCGAGAAAAAAGACAACCUAGAAGCAGGGAGUGGAGACCAAUCAGAUACUGACGACACAAAAAGGGCAGAGCAAAAUGAUAAAGGAGGUUUUCAGGUGGUCCAAACCUCCAAAAAGCGCAGACGAGUCCAGGGAGAGUCACCUGAUUUCAAGGAAAUAAACGAUAUUCGGCCAAGGGACAACCUCACGAGACUGAAGAGCAAGGUCACGGAACUAAUAAAGUUCUGCCAGGAAACCCAGAAUGUGCACAAGACUAUAAAAAGCUUAGCCAAAUCAAUAAGCUCGCUUGUAGAGUGCACCAUUGCAGAAUACAAGACAGAUAACUUUGAAAGAAAGUUGGAGAAAGGCAAACAGAGACAAACCAUAGAAGACAUCAAAAUAGUAUAUGAAGAAAAAGAUAAAAUUAAGGAUGAAACUAUAGACCAAUUAAGACAACUGUUAACAGAAAUAGAAAACAAAACAUGCUCCUGCAAAAGAACACCAGAAGAAACAAUUGACUCCAUCGAGGAGAAAGAUACAGAAAUUUUUGAAGACAUUGAGAAUCUACUCAACCUGCCAUGGGCGUCAAAAGCUUUUAAAACCACAAUUGAGGUGGAACGAUCAAACAUGGGUCGUAGGCCAAAUCACCUGAUCUUGUUCUCGAGCGAAGAAAGGGAACAUCAGAAUACUGAAAAAAAGUCCAACAAAUUGGAAGAGGAGAUUGUUAAUCUCUUCCCGGAGUUGCUAGAAGAAGAACCAACACUAUGCGAAGGAGGCUUCUAUACCACCCUGGAAGAAAACUCGACCUACAGAGUAAGAGCCACAAACAAAACCAUAUCAAACAGAAAAACAACCUCCAUUGUCUACAAACCGAAAAGCGACGAAUUAUUGAAAAACCUAUUCCGAAUCCUAAAAGAAAUAAAUAAGUACUCACAGAGGCAAGAGCAGAUGAAGCAACAAUUAUAG